GGCCGGUCCUCGGCGGCGGCGCGCGGCCUGGGCUCGCGCUGGGCUCCGCGCGCGCCCCCCCCCCCCCCCCCCGCCCCCUCUAUGAGGCAGAGGCCGCGGCGGCCGUUAGCGCUGUCGCUUCGGGGGCCGCGGCGGGCGGGGCUCCGGCGGGGCCCGGCCUAGUCCCCACCCAGCCCGGCUCCCAGCCGCCCGCCCUCCCUCCCUCACCCCGAUGCAGGGGGCCGAGCUCCGGGACGGCGAGGCGGCGGCGGCGGCCGCUUCGUACCGGGUCCUGAGCCGCCUCCUCGGCUAUGGAGAGGCGGCCCCCGAGCCAGGCCCGCCGCCGCCGCCCCCGGGCCAUGGCCCCUCGCCGCCACCCUUCCUCGCGCGGCCCGGCUCGCGGGGCGCCCGGCCGCCGCAGCUGAUGGUGUUCCGCAACGUGGGGAGGCCGCCGGAGGAGGAGGACGCGGAGGCGGCCCCGGAGCCGGGACCCUCGGAACUGCUGUGUCCCCGGCACCGCUGUGCGCUGGAUCCCAAGGCCCUCCCGCCGGGCUUGGCUCUCGAGCGGACCUGGGGUCCGGUGGCUGGACUAGAGGCGCAGCUGGCGGCACUGGGGCUCGGACAGCCGGCGGGGCCGGGGAUCAAGACUGCCGGCGGAGGCUGCUGUCCGUGCCCGUGCCCCCCGCAGCCGCCGCCGCCGCAACCCCCGCCGCCUGCUGCCGCCCCGCAGGCCGGGGAGGACCCUACGGAGACGAGCGACGCGCUGCUGGUCCUGGAAGGCUUGGAAUCGGAGGCCGAGAGCCUGGAGACUAACAGCUGCUCGGAAGAGGAGCUCAGCAGCCCGGGCCGUGGAGGAGGAGGAGGAGUGGGUGGCCGGCUGCUGCUGCAGCCUCCGGGCCCCGAACUACCCCCGGUGCCCUUUCCGCUGCAGGACUUGGUCCCUCCAGGGCGCCUGAGCCGAGGGGAGCAGCAGCAGCAGCAACCUCCCCCCCCACCGCCGCCUCCCGGACCCCUCCGGCCCCUCGCAGGCCCUUCUCGGAAGGGCUCCUUCAAAAUCCGCCUCAGUCGCCUGUUUCGCACGAAGAGCUGCAACGGCGGCUCGGGCGGUGGGGAUGGGACCGGCAAGAGGCCUUCGGGAGAUCUGGCAGCUUCAGCUGCGAGCCUGACAGACAUGGGAGGCUCUGCGGUCCGGGAGCUGGAUGUGGGGAGGAAACCCAGGUUGACAAGAACUCAAAGUGCCUUUUCUCCCGUCUCCUUCAGCCCCUUGUUCACAGGUGAGACAGUGUCGCUUGUGGACGUGGACAUUUCUCAGCGGGGCCUGACUUCUCCACACCCUCCAACUCCCCCUCCUCCUCCAAGAAGAAGCCUCAGCCUCCUAGAUGAUAUCAGUGGGACGCUGCCUACAUCUGUCCUUGUGGCUCCGAUGGGGUCUUCCUUGCAGUCUUUCCCCCUACCUCCGCCUCCUCCACCCCACGCCCCAGAUGCGUUUCCCCGCAUUGCUCCCAUCAGAGCAUCGGAGCCCUUGCACAGCCAGCCCCCCCAGCACCUCCAGUGUCCCCUCUACCGGCCCGACUCAAGCAGCUUUGCAGCCAGCCUUCGAGAGCUGGAAAAGUGUGGCUGGUACUGGGGACCUAUGAAUUGGGAAGAUGCAGAGAUGAAACUGAAAGGAAAGCCAGAUGGUUCUUUCCUGGUACGAGACAGCUCUGAUCCUCGUUACAUCCUGAGCCUCAGCUUCCGAUCACAGGGUGUCACCCAUCACACUAGAAUGGAGCACUACAGAGGGACUUUCAGCUUAUGGUGCCACCCCAAGUUUGAGGACCGCUGCCAGUCGGUGGUGGAGUUCAUUAAGAGAGCCAUCAUGCACUCCAAGAACGGGAAAUUUCUCUAUUUUCUGAGGUCCAGGGUCCCAGGACUGCCACCGACUCCAGUACAGCUGCUCUAUCCAGUGUCCAGAUUCAGCAAUGUGAAGUCCCUCCAGCAUCUUUGCAGAUUCCGGAUCCGGCAGCUUGUCCGAAUAGAUCAUAUCCCGGAUCUGCCACUGCCUAAACCUCUGAUCUCUUACAUUCGCAAGUUCUACUACUAUGAUCCUCAGGAGGAGGUGUACCUGUCCCUAAAGGAGGCGCAGCUCAUUUCCAAACAGAAGCAGGAGGUGGAGCCUUCCACGUAGCAGCGAGGCCUGCCGUUCACCAUGAAGGCAUUUGAAAUCCAGGCUCCAGUUUGAAGAACCAAAUGAAGCUACCACAAAAGAAGAAUCUGGCAGAAAAAGAAGAGUGGGUUGUGAUUCCCGGCACAGAACUUGGUUCCCCUGCAGCCCUGGGGCUUGGGAGAAGCACACAGCCAUCCUCCAAGUGGGGCCCCCCACGCCCCAACCCCAUGCACCCCAGGACGGGAUGAGCUCCUUGGAAAACUGGAAGAAGUCUUAACACUGUUUCUUUUUAGAAGUUACGUUUUAGUAUUUACAUUUCUCAGUGAAAGGCAGCUGGGGUCUGUACCCAAUGAACUGAAGGUGGUGUUGGGGAUGAGUAGGUCAAGGGAAGGGUGCAGUGAGGAGGGCUGGUUGUUCAGCUGGCGCCAAAGGCCGCAUUGAAGCUUUUCCGUGAACCUGGAAGAAGGCUGGGGGAAGCCAGAGAAGUGCAGAAGACUGAGAUUGGAAGUUUCUGGAAAGGUGUCUGGUUCUCCUCUCCAGCUUCAACUGGAGAGGGUGGUGAGGGGUCUGCUGUUCCAUUCGCUACCACUCCUGUCCUCUCAAGAGUUACAGACCUGAUCUCAGAAUUGCCUCUCAUGGAAUUGGUGUGCACUUUGUUGACUAAACUCUUUCAGCUUAGUGACCUGAGGCAAACCCAGUUUUCCCUCCCCUCAGCCCUUCCCCGCAGUAACUGUGGAUUUCACUUUGGUCAAACCAGCACUGCUAGUGCUUCUGCCAGCUGUGCAGGCAGUGGUGUUUCUCAUCACGUGGGCAGUUCAGAGCUCUAAUCCUGGACUGCCAGGGCUUCACCCCCACUAUCAGCAACCCCAUGCCUGGAGCAUGCUUCCAGAUCCUUUGUGGCAAAGCAUACCCACAGCUAAGGAGCCAGUGUCACCCCGCCUGUCAGCUAGUGAGAGGAAGUGUGGAGGAAGUGAGAAAUAGCUAUUGUGCUCCAAGAGGAGCCCGCGCGUCUCAGCCUUAACGGGAUUUCUGUAGUGCAGAAAAGGCAUGGCGUCUCAUGAUCAUCGACUUGUCAGUGUUGUCAACCCACCCCUGAGAUGGAGGUGGCAAGGGCUUCUUCAUUUGCCCAUGUUCAUUCUCGCAGCCCAGACAUUUCCUGAGUCAGACCCCGGUGCCUUUCACCGCUGGGAACCUGUCAGAUGCUAUUUUGAAAGUUGCCUUUCAGAUGGAUGGGAGGGAGGGAAGGAAGAACUUUGGUGCGUGAGUAGUCUUUGUGUCUGAAGCUGGCCACAUCCAGUCAUUAGUCACAUAAGUUUGCUGUGCCACAGAACUACUCAAGAUGGACAGUGAGGCCGUUGGGUCUUCAUUACUCUUAACCCUGCAGUAUUCCAUGUGAUGGCCGUUUGAGUUCCCUCUGUUUGUGUCUGCCUCAGAUGACAAAGUGAAUACCGUCAGGCUUGGGGUUCCUGAUGGUGGGGGUGAAGCCCUGUGUCUAAGUAACUUAGAAAACUGUCCUAUUUGGAAAGUGGCCUGUGGGUUCCCUCUGUGCUUGGAGUCACCUUCCUCCUCCUCGAACUAAACACAGAGAUUGCUUUCUCAGCUGGCUGUAAAGAAAUUGAGCCCCAGAGUGAACUGUAGACGCGCCAGUCCAGCACCCUUCUGACAUGUCUCGUGGUCAGCAUAAGGUCAUGAUUCUGAACUUGGCAUACCUGUAAGUUCUGCCUCUGCAGGGUACAGGCCACUUGGCAUCUUGUAGAAAGGGCCAUUUUGUAUUGGAGCCCAAAAUCUAAAGUCCACAGAGGCCUUCAAGUGGUUAAUAUUUGCAGUUCAGAGAGAUUGUUUGUUCCAUUUCAGCCCCCACUCCCCCCCCAUGAUAUAAAAGUUCAUUUCAGCCUGUGUUUGCAUUGUUUGCAUGGCUGUGAGCUUGGUAGUGUGGAAGGACGUGAGGUAGAAGACAAGAGCCCUGUCCUGAGGGAACUGGAAAGUGACUGUUACCCAAGAAAGAAUUGGAGCGUUACUCACUGUAGCAGAAGAUCAAGGACCAUCUUUAAAGACCGAGUGGGCAUGAUCAGGGUAGACCAGAUGGUCUGGGAAAGCUCUGGUGAUAAGGCUUGUAGGUGAGGACACUGUGACAGAGACUCAAGCUAAAGUACAGAGCAGAAAUAUGUGGCAAGUGUGCAGCUGCCUACGAUCAACAACACCAGAGUCUUACUGGGCCGCAAAGGUCUAGACCGGAACUUCCCGGGUGUCGGAUAGGUCUUAAGGCUUGGGGGAAUGAGGUGUGGUGGGGACAAAGCCAUCAGUCAGCUACGCCUCUGUGGUCCUGGGGUUACCCAUGGAGAAUUUCUAUACUCAGGUGUAAACCAGACCUGCAUGUAAACCAACCAGAGCAUGGCAGCCUCACCCUCUCGGUCCUGGGAAAGUGUGCUGUGCUGUGCUCAUGUGCUUCGAUGUACCAGCCACAACUGGCCUGACCGUUCCUCAGCAGGACGGGCCUCAAAACAGUGUGGGAGACAGCUCUAGGCGGCAUGGCCUGGUACCAGGAGGCCUUGGUAGAAGGGAAUGAACGAUUGGGGAAAGCAGUUGACCUUGUUGACUACUGUAGGCUGGCUGGAGAAAGGAGGGAGCACGACCAGAGUCAUUGGCCUUCAUCCUUUGCAGAUGGUGGGGCAAUGCUAAUGGAAAUGCAGUCCUCAGAGGGAACUUGUCUUUGGUGGUUAUGUGCCAGUCACAAACUGGGAAAGGCAGUCACUUCUAGAGACCUGCUGUGGUUUUCUGAGUUGUGGUUGGGGGAGUCACUACUCCUAGACAUAGCCUAUAUAACCUUCACUCGUUCAUAACUGAUCUACUGUAACCUUCCUCAAGCCGGGUAUGUCAGUGUAAGCUAGUGACAACUACUGCUGCUACCUUGGGUUACUUGAAGUGUGGUUUGUGCUGGCAGUGCAGGCAUGGGGGAGUAGGAGCUGUGGGCCCAACUGUCUUGAUUGGAUCAUAGGUCAAGUAAAUAUGGACAGCAGCGCUAGCCUCUUGAAAAACAUAGGCUUGGAAAACAUCUCAUAGUAUCUGUUUUUCCUGUCCCCUGUCACUUGGACUAAGCCUCUGAGGCCAAGCAGUCUCCCUCUGAUGCAAGUCCCCUGAGGACUAGGAAACAGAUCAGAGUAUAGCCCUAGCAGUGCCCCCCUCCCCCCCCAGCUCCCUUUCAGCCUUGCCUCCUGCUCCUAGGAGGGCGUGGCCUGCUUGAAACCCCUGUCCCAAUGGGAAGUAGGGACAGGAAAAACUUCCCCAGGUAAGAUCUUCCUUCCUUCCCUUGUUGCUUUUUCUUACUUUUGAUCCCAGAAGUGAGAGGCAGAGCCAGUGAGAUGGAAAGAGCCAGCACUGGCCUCUGACUUCUGAGGGGAGCGAGCAGGCAGGCGAGCGCCCUCUUUUGUCAGGUCUUGUCUGCCAUUGGGGUGUUGGGAACAUCCCCACUAGCUGGGACUAGGAUUGGUUUUCCACUUGAAGAGAAUGGCAUGCCCACUGUGUGGAGGGAAGGAGCUCUGAGUUAGACAUUUUCCCUAUGGGAAUCCUCUGGGUUUGGUUUGUGGGGAGAGGGGAGUAGAUGCGUGGUUUUUAUUUGUAGUCAUCAACACAGCUGUCCUUACACUGAUCUGUGCUAUUGCAUACGUGUAGCCAUCUUUCUUUUCACUGCAGCAGUGUUUAUCAGUAGUUCAAAAUUAUUUAUUUGCUCCUGGGGAGUAAAACCUUUUUUAUUAAAAAAGAAAAAAGAAAAAAAAAAAAAAAGAAAGGUGUGCCCCAUUAUGAUAGCUGUAGAAUUACUGGGCCACAAGAGUCACAUCUGCAAGUCCCCUGUGGUCCAUCUGUUUUGGCUUUGGAGCCCUCGUGCUCAGUACAGUGUGAUAGGGGCCCUUCCUUGAAAAAGCAGAGAACAUUUUGGGAAUGAGAUUGGGUUGAAUCACUGAGAAGGCUCUGGGGACGUGGUACUGCAGUUGAAAAUAGAAUACUGAUUCUGUAAUCUGCCAGAGAAAGGAACCUUUCUUCACAUGCAGAUUUCAUGUGUCUUUGAUCUUUCAUUGCUUCCUGGUGUCCUGGGUAGGGGUCACAUAGUUUCUUCUGGUGUCCCCUAUCUUUCCUGUCCAUUGUCCUGUCCCUUCCCACUUCAUCUACCUCCCAGAAAGCCAAUCCUGCAUGCUGAGUGUGUGACAUGCUUUCACUCCAUCUCCUCUUCAGAGGGUUUUAGAGGGUCCCUGGAGCUGCUCCCUGCCCCUCUGGUCCCUCCUCAGCGUGCCAAGAGGCACCAAGGAGCAGACAAGCAGCCCGGCAGACAGCAACACUGGAUCGCAGCUGGACUGUGAUGGCAGCUGCUCCUGGGGACAGACAGGGAGGACAAGACCCUCUUCUUCAGUGCACUUGCUGUGCUCUGUGGGCUAUGGGCUGAUCUGACCACUCCUCCAUCCCUGGUGCUCCCAAGAGGGACAGGCAAGAUCCAGGCACCAUUCUGGGCAGGCCAGACAUCAGGGUGCUGCACGGGUGCUGCACGGCACGGCACAGGCACGGACUGCUGUGCAUUCUGGUGGGUUUUCAGAAACUCCGUGCUGAGGGGUGUCACUCUGGACACAGUGUGGUUGGGGGUUCUUCACCGCCGUCGGGGAGCCCACAACCACUAUGUCCUGCUUAGCCACCCCUGCCCUCCAAGCCAAAGCGUGGCCUGGCUUUUGUCUUCCCAUUCAGUUUUCCUCCUUUAUUCUCCCUUUUUGUGCUUAAUUUAUUAAAAUAGUUGCUGUAUAAUUUAUUUUCAUAAAGUAUAAAAAAUAACUAAAUGGUUAAAAUAGACUUGCAGGCCAAUCUUAAAUGGGGGUGGGUCUGGGGUGGGAUGGGGAGAGGGAAAGAUGUUUUGAUAUAAACAAAACAAAUGCACUUUGGGUGUGUUUUGGUAUUUUUCUGGGCAUAGAGGGGUGGGUGUUGGGAUGUCCCUGUAGAUUAGUUCCAGAGUGGGGUGUCUGUAAAUACUGUACUAAUAGGCAUGUGUGACUCUUGUAAAGGGACAUUAGUAGCUGCUGCAGGUCCUGUUUGGAAACUCUGUGUAUAAUUCCCGGUUUUUUGUAAGUGUCAGUGCGGGAGACAUUUGACUCUUGUGUUUGUAUCUCCUUUUUAUGAUUGCUGUACCGACCCAUGUCUUUUUGGGGAGGGAUGAAAAGAGAUUUGAAAUAAAAAUGUUUAGAAAUGA